AUGUCUCUAAACGUCUUCAAGCAACCCCUCGCGCUCCACUCGACACAACCCCUGACCGGCUUCACGCGCUCAGGCUACUGCGAAGUGCCCGCCUCGGACGCCGGCAACCACGCCAUUGCAGGUGUAGUAUCGAAAGAGUUCCUCGACUUCUCUGCCGCGCGGGGCAACGACUUGCGCCAAGUGGGACUGACGGAUGGCUGCAAGUGGUGUCUUUGUGUGAGCAGGUGGAAGGAGGCGUUUGAUGCGAGGACGGGCAUGGAUGAUAAGAAGGUGCCCAAGGUUGUGCUCAAGGCGACGAAUGAGAAGGCGUUGAAGGGUGUGGCGAUGGAUGAUUUGAAGGCUUUUGCUGUGGAUAAGGAGUAG